AUGAAUUCUUUGAUAAAACAAACUGGAGCAUUGAUCCGGCCAAUUUUAACAUCAAAAGCAUUGAUACCGGCAAUUAGUCGCUGUUGUUCCAACGAACCCCCAACUCGCACAGAGAAAACUAUUAACAACAUUACCCUGUUGGGACGUAUUGGUGCCGAUCCCCAGUUGCGAGGAAACACAGAACAUCCGGUAGUCACAUUUUCCUUGGCCACUCACACAAAUUACAAAUAUGCGAACGGCGAUUGGGCUCAAAGAACCGACUGGCAUCGAGUCGUUGUUUUCAAACCAAAUUUGCGUGAAACUGUAAUGCAGUACCUGAAAAAAGGUCAAAGAGCCAUGGUACAAGGAAAAAUCACUUAUGGUGAAAUAACGGAUCAACAAGGCAAUCAAAAGACCAGCACCAGUGUUGUUGCCGAUGACGUAAUUUUUUUCCGAGAGACAGCUUAA